GCGUCCGUGCGGUCGCCGUCGUCUCCGCCCUGCUGAGGGAACGACGCGGUCACCGUUGCCGCCGCUACCCAGGCCAGUCUAGCCUAGAAAGACCCUCUCUCGCUCCCUAAAGACAACCCCAGCCCCACUGACCCAUAGCUGACGAGUACAUGGAAAAGGAACCUUGGGAACUUGGCUUUCUUCUGCUCUGCCCCCAGUGCCACCCAGGGGAGCGUCAGGGAGAGCCAUGGCCGCCACGGCCACCAAGCGCGACGGGCCCCCCUUCAUUAGCGAGGCUGCCGUCCGCGGGAACGCCGCCGUUCUGGACUAUUGCAGGACAUCCGUGUCGGCCCUCUCCGGGGCUACAGCGGGUAUCCUGGGCCUGACCGGCUUCUACGGCUUCGUCUUCUAUUUCCUGGCGUCCACCCUCCUCUCUCUGCUCCUAGCCCUCAAGGCCGGAAGACGAUGGAACAAGUAUUUCAAAUCCAGGCGACCGCUCUUUACUGGGGGCCUUGUUGGGGGGCUCUUCACCUACGUCCUUUUCUGGACUUUCCUGUAUGGCAUGGUGCACGUCUACUGAGGGAAAGGGGGUCGGCGUGCGCAGAAAGACUCUUGCUGGGGUUAACAAGAUGUGGUCUGCUAGUUUUCCAAGGGAAUUGACUGUUUGUGCUGUUAAUAUUAUUAGUAACUUAUGUUGGGAGAGAGAUCUCUGGUGAGAGUCCGCAGAUUAAAUCAGAUGUGAAACGUGG